AUGGCUAGUCAACGUACAUCAAAGAGAACAUCGGGUGUGCCUAAAAAGCCUUUGAAGGAUUUAAAAACACAUGAAUUAUGCAAUGGCCCAUCAAAGCUCUGCAUGGCCUUUCAACUUCAUAAAAAACAUAGUAAAUACUCGAUGUGUUCCUGGAAAGGUUUGUGGAUCGAGAACGACAACGUGAAUAUGGAAAUCAACAUUGUAAAGUGCCCCCGCAUAGGUAUAGAGGGCUAUGGAGAAGAGUGGACAAAGAAGCCACUACGAUAUUACAUAUACGGUAACAAAGCCGUGAGUAAACGAAAUAAGGAAGCUGAAUUAUCAUUGGAAAUGAACUAG